AUGGUAACAGAGGACCCUAACCGACGGUUCGUCUACCAACUUGAGGGCGUUGGCCUCAGCCUAUUUGUGGUCUCUAUUGUUGGUGGCGUCGUCUCUUUGAUUGUGGUGUGCCUGAGGACAUUCAUUCGACUGCGGGCGAAGACGUUUAGUUGGGAUGACGGCUUGAUGCUCGGUGGUUUGGUCGUUUACCUCGUCGAUGUCGCACUCGCCUGCAUGGGCGCGCUGAGUGGACUGGGCACGCGCAAUGCAGACCUCAGCCCAGUCAUGUUGGUCGAAUCGAUGAAAUACUUGAUGAUUUGGAUGAUGCUCUACGUGGCAGUAUUGUGUACUAUCAAAACUUCCAUUUGCAUCACCACACUACGGAUCGCUACUACAAUGCCAAAGCUACGCACUGCCGUCUACGUCUUGAUGGGGCUUACUGUCGCCACAUUCUUCACAACCUUCGUCGGCAUCCUCUUGUUAUGCCGACCUGUGGAAGCCAAUUGGGAUAUCAGCAUCGUGUUAGAGGGCCGUGGCGAGUGCUCGCCAGUAAGCUCUAUGUUGGCGCUGUCAUAUACUUCAACCGUCAGCACCAUCGUUACCGACCUUGCCUGUGCCGUGCUCCCGGCUAUCAUUCUCUGGCAGACACAAAUGAAGCUCUCGACAAAGAUCAUGGUCUCUUUCGUCCUUUCUUUCGGCUCUUUUGCCUCAGUCUCAACCAUGAUACGUACUCCAUACAUCGAUCACUACAACCAUCCACUAGACGAUCUUGCCUUCCACAUUGCUAACAUCCCCCUUUGGUCCAAUAUCGAGACUGCCAUUGGAUUCAUCGCCGGCUCCCUCCCUGCUUUACGACAAUUCGUCAUGCACCGUCGCUCGCCACGACCUACAACUUUGGGUCAAACAGAUGCAUCUCAUGGCCUCCACCCGGGGUCAGUUGGGCUUGUUACUAUUGGCGGUUCAGGAGUGACAUCCAAGAGCAAGAUACGCAAAGGCACAAAUUACGAGGAGGACGAAGCAGGGCAGGGAGACUGGACGCGUCUCGAUGAAGACAGCGUCUCGGAGAAAGGAAGCACAGCACCUGUUCGAGGCAUUCGCAAGGACAUGACCUUCGAGGUUUCGUCUCUACCAGGACAGAAGAAUGGCCGGAGUAAAAGUUAA